ACGGAGGAAGAUGGCCGCCGGGCGCGGCGGGAGCGAGGCUCUGGGAGCGGUGGCCUCUCCGGUUCCGGUUGUCUGACAGGACCUGGGGCCAAGAGAGUCCUUUGCGCCGUGUACUGGAGGCCGCGGCCCACGGGCGAGGCUUUGGGACGAUACUGAAAUAAAGAUAAAUAAAGCUUUCUGUGAAAAUGUCAGUUCUGAUAUCACAGAGUGUAAUCAAUUAUGUAGAAGAAGAAAACAUUCCUGCUCUGAAAGCUCUUCUUGAAAAAUGCAAAGAUGUAGAUGAGAGAAAUGAGUGUGGCCAGACUCCACUGAUGAUAGCUGCUGAACAAGGCAAUCUGGAAAUAGUGAAAGAAUUAAUUAAGAAUGGAGCUAAUUGCAAUCUGGAAGAUUUGGACAACUGGACAGCACUUAUAUCGGCAUCAAAAGAAGGGCACCUACAUAUCGUGGAAGAACUUCUUAAAUGUGGGGUUAAUUUGGAGCACCGAGAUAUGGGAGGAUGGACAGCUCUUAUGUGGGCUUGUUACAAAGGCCGCACUGAAGUGGUAGAGCUGCUGCUUUCUCACGGUGCCAAUCCCAGUGUCACUGGUCUGUAUAGUGUUUAUCCAGUCAUUUGGGCAGCCGGAAGAGGCCAUGCGGAUAUAGUGCAUCUUUUACUGCAAAAUGGUGCUAAAGUCAACUGCUCUGAUAAGUAUGGAACAACCCCUUUGGUUUGGGCUGCACGGAAGGGUCAUUUGGAAUGUGUAAAACAUUUAUUGGCCAUGGGAGCUGAUGUUGAUCAAGAAGGAGCUAAUUCAAUGACUGCAUUGAUUGUGGCAGUGAAAGGAGGCUACACACAGUCGGUGAAAGAAAUUUUGAAGAGAAAUCCAAAUGUAAAUUUAACAGAUAAGGAUGGAAAUACAGCUUUGAUGAUUGCAUCAAAGGAGGGACAUACGGAGAUUGUACAGGAUCUACUUGAUGCUGGAACGUAUGUGAACAUACCUGAUAGGAAGAGUGGGGACACUGUGCUAAUCGGCGCCGUCAGAGGUGGUCAUGUUGAAAUUGUUCGGGCACUUCUACAGAAAUAUGCUGAUAUAGACAUUAGAGGACAGGACAAUAAAACUGCUUUAUAUUGGGCUGUUGAGAAAGGAAAUGCAACAAUGGUGAGAGAUAUCUUACAGUGCAAUCCUGAUACGGAAAUAUGCACAAAGGAUGGUGAAACACCACUUAUAAAGGCUACCAAGAUGAGAAAUAUUGAAGUAGUUGAGCUGCUGCUAGAUAAAGGAGCUAAAGUAUCUGCUAUAGAUAAGAAAGGAGAUACUCCCUUGCAUAUUGCUAUUCGUGGGAGGAGUCGGAAACUGGCAGAACUUCUUUUAAGGAAUCCAAAAGAUGGACGGUUACUUUAUAGGCCCAACAAAGCAGGGGAGACUCCUUACAACAUUGACUGCAGCCACCAGAAAAGUAUUUUAACUCAAAUAUUUGGAGCCAGACACUUGUCUCCUACUGAAACAGAUGGUGACAUGCUUGGUUAUGACUUAUAUAGCAGUGCCCUGGCAGAUAUUCUCAGUGAACCUACCAUGCAGCCACCCAUUUGUGUGGGACUGUAUGCACAGUGGGGAAGUGGGAAAUCUUUCUUACUCAAGAAACUUGAAGAUGAAAUGAAGACUUUCGCAGGACAGCAGAUUGAACCUCUUUUUCAGUUUUCAUGGCUUAUAGUAUUUCUUACUCUUUUGCUAUGUGGAGGGUUUGGUUUACUGUUCGCUUUUACCGUCGACCUGAAUCUUGGAAUAGCAGUGUCAUUGAGCCUCUUGGCUCUCUUAUAUGUAUUCUUUAUUGUCAUUUACUUUGGUGGACGAAGAGAAGGAGAGAGUUGGAAUUGGGCCUGGGUCCUCAGUACUAGAUUGGCAAGACAUAUCGGAUAUUUGCAACUCCUCCUCAAAUUGAUGUUUGUGAAUCCACCUGAAUUGCCAGAGCAAACUACUAAAGCUUUACCUGUAAGAUUUUUGUUUACAGAUUACAAUAGGCUGUCCAGCGUAGGUGGAGAAACUUCAUUGGCUGAAAUGAUUGCAACUCUCUCGGAUGCUUGUGAAAGAGAGUUUGGCUUUUUGGCAACAAGGCUUUUUCGAGUAUUCAAGACCGAAGACACACAGGGUAAAAAGAAAUGGAAAAAAACCUGCUGUCUCCCGUCUUUUGUCCUUUUCCUUUUUAUCUUUGGCUGCAUUGUUGCUGGAAUUACUCUUCUGGCUAUAUUCAGGGUUGACCCAAAACAUCUGACAGUGAACGCUGUUCUCAUAUCAAUCGCAUCUAUAGUUGGGUUGGCUCUUGUGUUGAAUUGUCGUACAUGGUGGCAAGUGCUGGACUCCCUCCUAAAUUCUCAGAGAAAACGUCUGCAUAGUGCUGCUUCUAAACUGCACAAAUUGAAGAGUGAAGGAUUCAUGAAAGUUCUUAAGUGUGAAGUCGAACUGAUGGCAAGGAUGGCAAAAACCAUUGAUAGUUUCACCCAAAAUCAGACAAGGCUGGUAGUUAUCAUUGAUGGAUUAGAUGCCUGUGAACAGGACAAAGUCCUUCAGAUGCUGGACACUGUCCGAGUUCUGUUUUCAAAAGGCCCUUUCAUUGCUAUUUUUGCAAGUGAUCCACAUAUUAUUAUAAAGGCAAUUAACCAGAACCUUAAUAGUGUGCUUCGUGAUUCAAAUAUAAAUGGACAUGACUACAUGCGCAAUAUAGUUCAUUUGCCAGUUUUCCUUAACAGUCGCGGUCUAAGCAAUGCAAGAAAAUUUCUUGUAACUUCAACAACAAAUGGGGACAUUCCAGGUUCAGAGACUACAGGGAUACAAGAAGACAGUGACAGAAGAGUUUCACAAAACAGCCUUGGGGAGAUGACAAAACUUGGUAGCAAGACAGCUCUCAACAGGCGGGAUACUUACCGAAGAAGACAGAUGCAGCGGACAAUUACUCGGCAGAUGUCCUUUGAUCUUACAAAACUGUUGGUUACUGAGGACUGGUUCAGUGACAUAAGUCCUCAGACUAUGAGAAGAUUACUUAAUAUUGUUUCUGUGACAGGGCGAUUACUGAGAGCCAAUCAGAUUAGUUUCAACUGGGAUAGGCUGGCCAGCUGGAUCAACCUCACCGAACAGUGGCCAUACCGAACUUCAUGGCUCAUAUUAUAUUUGGAAGAGACGGAAAGCGUUCCAGAUCAAAUGACAUUAAAAACCAUCUAUGAGAGAAUAUCAAAGAAUAUUCCAACAACUAAAGAUGUUGAACCACUGCUUGAAAUUGAUGGAGAUAUAAGAAAUUUUGAAGUGUUUUUGUCUUCAAGGACCCCAGUUCUUGUGGCUCGAGAUGUAAAGACUUUUUUGCCAUGUACUGUAAACCUAGACCCCAAACUUCGGGAAAUUAUUGCAGAUGUCCGUGCUGCAAGAGAACAGAUUAAUAUUGGAGGACUUGCGUAUCCCCCACUGCCUCUGCACGAUGCUCCUCCUAGACCGCCUUCAGGUUACAGUCAGCCCCCAUCUGUUUGUUCUUCUUCCACCUCCUUUAAUGGGCCGUUUGGAGGUGGCGUUGUGUCUCCGCAGCCUCACAGCAGUUACUAUAGUGGUAUGACAGGACCGCAGCAUCCAUUCUAUAACAGGCCAUUCUUUGUCCCAUACCUUUACACGCCAAGGUAUUACCCUGGCGGUUCCCAACAUCUCAUCUCACGUCCAUCAGUAAAAACGAAUUUGCCCAGAGAUCAGAACAAUGGCCUAGAAGUUAUCAAGGAGGAUGUAGCUGAGGGGCUUUCUUCACCCACAGCCUCCUCGACGGAGAAGACUUCAACAAGAAAGUUAAAGAUGCCAUGGCCGUGUGACUCUGGGUUUAACAAACAGAGACAGGGAUCUGGCCCUGCCACAGGCCCAAUCAUAUCACUGAAUUCAAUGACUGUCGAUGCCAUAUGUGAGAAGCUGAAGCAAAUAGAAGGACUGGACCAGAGUCUGCUCCCUCAGUAUUGCACAACAAUCAAAAAGGCAAAUAUAAAUGGCCGUGUGUUAGCUCAGUGUAACAUUGAGGAACUAAAGAAAGAGAUGAAUAUGAAUUUUGGAGACUGGCAUCUUUUUAAAAGCACAGUCCUAGAAAUGAGAAAUGCAGAAAGCCAGGUGAUCCCUGAGGACCCACGUUUACUUAAUGAAAACAACAGCGGCUCGGUGCCUCAUGGUGAAACUGGCCGUCACCCUUCACACAAUGAGUUGCCUCACACAGAGCUUUCCAGUCAAACUCCCUACACAUUAAACUUCAGCUUCGAAGAACUGAAUACACUUGGCAUAGACGAAGGUGCCCCACGUCACAGUAAUUUAAGUUGGCAGUCACAGGUUCGCAGAACCCCAAGUCUUUCGAGCCUCAAUUCUCAGGAUUCCAGUAUUGAAAUUUCAAAGCUUACUGAUAAGGUGCAGGCCGAGUAUAGAGACGCCUACAGAGAAUAUAUUGCCCAAAUGUCUCAGUUAGAAGGGGGGACAGGGUCUACAACAAUUAGUGGCAGGUCUUCUCCACACAGCACAUAUUAUAUGGGCCAGAGUUCAUCGGGGGGCUCCAUUCAUUCUAAUUUAGAACAAGAAAAAGGGAAGGAGAGUGAGCCAAAGCAAGAAGAUGGAAGGAAGUCAUUUUUAAUGAAGAGGGCAGAUGUUAUAGAUUACUCAUCAUCAGGUGUUUCCACCAAUGAUGCCUCACCCCUGGAUCCUAUCACUGAAGAAGAUGAAAAAUCCGAUCAGUCAGGUAGUAAACUUCUCCCCGGCAAGAAAUCCUCAGAAAGGUCGAGUCUCUUCCAGACAGAUUUAAAGCUUAAGGGAGGUGGCCUACGCUAUCAAAAACUUCCAAGUGACGAAGAUGAAUCUGGGACAGAAGAAUCAGACAAUACUCCCCUGCUCAAAGAGGAUAAAGAUAAAAAAGCUGAAGGGAAAAUAGAGAGAGUGUCAAAAUCUCCAGAACACAGUGCUGAGCCCAUUAGAACUUUCAUUAAAGCAAAAGAAUAUUUAUCGGAUGCGCUCCUUGACAAAAAGGACUCCUCCGAUUCAGGAGUGAGAUCCAACGAAAGUUCUCCCAAUCACUCCCUUCACAAUGAAGCAGCUGAUGACUCCCAGCUCGAAAAGGCAAAUCUCAUAGAGCUUGAUGAAGAUAGCCACAGUGGAAAGCGCGGAAUACCACACAGCCUGAGCGGCCUUCAAGAUCCGAUUAUAGCUCGUAUGUCCAUUUGUUCAGAAGAUAAGAAAAGCCCUUCCGAGUGCAGCUUGCUAGCCAGCAGCCCUGAAGAAAACUGGCCGUCGUGCCCGAAGGCCUACAAUCUGAAUCGGACGCCCAGCACCGUGACUCUGAACAACAACAAUGCUCCGGCCAAUAGGGCCAACCAAAAUUUUGAUGAAAUGGAAGGAAUUAGGGAUACUUCACAAGUCAUUUUGAGGCCAAGUUCCAGUCCCAACCCGACUGCCAUGCAGAAUGAAAAUCUAAAAAGCAUGACGCAUAAACGAAGCCAACGUUCAGGUUACACAGCGCUCUCAAAAGAUUCUUCAGAGCUUCAUGCAGUAACCUCUUCAGAGAGUACUGGUUUUGGAGAAGAAAGAGAAAGCAUCCUUUAAGAAAAACUAGCAAAACAUAGAGCAGUAUUAGGAGACCCUUAUUACAGAAUUUUCCUGAGUUUUGUAGUGAACCCAUCCGUGUGCAUCAUCCUUGUACAUUUCAUUCACAAAUAAUAAAUAAGUCCUUCAGUAAAAGAGAGAGAGACAGGCUAUACAGUAGAGUAUAAGAGCUUGUGAUUCGUCAGCCUCCAUUGUCUUUGUAAUUCAAAGCUUAAAAACUCACUGCUAUCCUUGUAUCUUUCAUUGGUACAUGGGCCCAUAAAAUUUUUUGAGAAGAGAUAACGACUAUAAAGAUAGGUCAGAAAUGUUUUAUUAAAUUUAAAAGACUUAAUUUACCAAAGAAAAUAAAAACUGAGACCCCUUUUGUAGAACAUUCAUUCAUCAAAUAUUUGAGGGCCUGCUAUAUAGAAGAUGUGGUGUUAAAUAAACCAGAAGCAAAUUUUGUCCUUAAGGGGUUUAAUCUAUUUAGAUAAGAAUUUACAGAUUGUGAGUAGCCAGAGACUAAACGUAAAUACUCAGUACAUUGAGAACCAGUGUUCUAUAUAAUAGACAAAUUGCUUAUCAGAGUAGUUUUAAACUUUAAGUAGAAAAUGUGUAAUGAAGAGGGCUUUCACAGUUGAUAAGAAGGUGAACUGACAGUCCCCAAAGUGGAGACCCAUUGACUUUGAGCCAUUACGGGUUGCCUGGGAGAGAGGCCAGUAACCUCCAUGUUACACCGAUGCUUUCUCAAAAACUCACACUUGGCUUCUCCACCAUCUCUUUGUGCCCAAGAACCCAUCCUGGUCUACUCUGGGGCUCUUUUAAAGUGUGUACCCAACUUUUUUUAGUGAGCUUAGUAGUGGAGGAAAAAAGCAUGAAUUCUUUCUCUGGAGAGUCAGGGGGACAUGGGUAGUAAUAGGCACUAAUAUUUGUGGAAUGAGUGAAUGAGCAAGUAAUUACAUUGAAAAGGUCAAUGGCAAUUUAAGGAAAUGUUUAAUUACAUAAGACUAAAUCAUUACUUUCUAUGCCAAGGUAUGGAAAUCAACAUAUUAAUUUGGGUGCAGGGGAGUAAUAAAAGGAAAUACUUUCUUAAAGUUUAAAAACAUGUUCCAAAACAGGCUUAAUGAGAUAACUGAUAUGACUAUAAAACUAUAUACUUCCCAUUUAUUGUCAGCAGAGUUAAGAGAAUGAGCACAUUUACAUAUCACGUAGACUAGAAAUGUACCCUGUCAUCAUGCAGUAAAAAUAUUGUCUUUUUAACGUACUUAUUUAUGUAGAAUUCUGGCAGUAUAUCACAAGUCACAGGUAGAAAGAAUUGUAGAUGGUGAGAUUGUAGGUGUGCGAUUAUCUAAAGUUAGUGUUCAUUUCUGGUGUUUAUCACUUAAUGGAUUUCUAGUAAUAUACUGAAUAAAUUAUUUACUUGACCAGUCAUUGCACUAAAUAGUUGCUGUCUUAUGUUUCAUUGCCUUGAUGUUUUGAGUGUAACAUUUCAUAAAGUGCUUAUUUGCAUGACCUUUAACAAAUGUUUUAGCCAAUUUUUUAAAAGGCAGGAUGUUACUAACAUUAUACAUUGAAAUGUUAACAUUUUAAUAUACUGUCUAUUAGUUUGUACUAUUGUAUAAUUAGUAAUUAUAGCAGAGGCAAUAUUAUGUCCUUUUCAGGUGAGUAGAUGCAACUUAAUAUCAUAGUAGUACAUUAUUUAUAUUGUGAAAUUAACACUAGAGUGUGAAGUGUACAAAUAGAUUCAGAAAAUAAAAAAAAAUUGGCAUGCUGUUCUGACUCAUGAAUUUUUAUUCACAAAAGUGAUGAUUCACAUUUUGAUCAAAAAUAAAAAGGAACUUGUGCAUUUGUAUUUUUAUUCAUCUAAAGUCUAACUGUUAAAGGGCUUUGGGCUUGUGUGGCUGUUGUCCGCUUGGCAGGACCCUACCUGUUCUAAACGGCUCUCACUUUCUGGUAGAACUUCGCUCUUAAGUCCCAGGGUGUAAAUGGUGCUUUCAGGAAAAAAAAGGUGCCCAACAGCACAACUCUAUGCAGUCCAUUUCUGUAGCUGCAAGAAGUACGUUAUCUAGACCUUAGGAUGAUGUCAAUUUAAUUAUUAUAUGAACAUUCUGGAAAAGUUCACUUUUCCAUAACGAUACAGAAAUUGGCAAACCAGAUGGAUUAUUGAGUCACACCAUCAUCCCUUUGAAUCUGUGUAUGUGUUUGUCUAUUUAUAAUACACAGCUCAGUCUGAUUCUCCCAUAUGCAGAACUUUGCUUCAAGCUGGGAGAAAAUGGAUAGAAAAGAAAAUUGCUGCUCUAACCUUGAUAAUCUCUUAGAUUAUGCAUCAUUUAGAGGCUUAACGUAUUUUAUCAAUCAUUUUCACUUUAAGCCAGGGACGGUUCUGUUAUUGUAGCAUAAUAUUAAGCCAGAUCCAUCCACCUUGGCACAGUAUAGAGUGGUAACUAGGGACUAUUGCGUUCCUGUAGAAGACGACUAGAAAUGAAAAGAAGCUCGUGAUAUUUCUCAACUGAUAGAACUCUCACAGUGCUGGAUGUUUAAGAACCAGCUCUCAUAUUCUGGGAAAUUCAAGCAUUCAUAACUAAAUCAACAUUUUCAGUAUUAACAGGAAAACUGGUCUCUGUGUAAUAUUUUAUUUUUGUGAGUGACUAGAAUAGUUUUAAUUGCCUAGUCAGAUAAUUUUUUGGCUAAAAUUCUCAUCUUAAGUUGAGAACUCUUUAGAUCAUUUGCAUGUCAUAGUGCUGCCAUAAAAUAUAUUGUAAUCAUGACUUUUCUGUCUCACAAAUACUAACUACUAGCAAGUGUUUUUUGAAUGAAAUGAAAUCCGUUUUUCUUCUGACUAAAACACUAACUUCAAAAAGUUUUAAGACCAUAUAAUUUUUGGUUAUACCAGGAAUUCUCAGCCUAUUUAGGAAUAUCCCUGAGUUUAAAAACCCCCGACUUCCUGGCUAACUCCUUAGUAAAUCAACAUAUCUACCAGGAAAAGAGAACUAGAAGGCACUGUCUCCCUUUACCUUAUGGAUAACUGAUAUUGAGAGAAAAAGUAGGGAAAAGGGAAGGUACGAUAAAAUUAGUUCUUUGGAAAACUCUAAAUUAUUCAACUGAAUGUCUAGGUGCCUUUAUUCCCUACCUUCUAUUUAGUCUUACUUCAACACUUGGCAAAGGGAUACUUUUUGACUUGGAGUAGAGGUGGGAGUUAGGUGGACUGGGUGGACUAAUCUGAAAUGUUUGGGUUCUUAAUCUCCUGGUUGUGGUAUACCCAACCCCUCCCUACCUCAGAUUUUUAAGAUAGGCCAUAGUUAUACAAAUGAUUUGAAAAUAAAAAGAAAUUUCUGUGUAACAGUGAGCCAGCGCUGGGUGGUCUUUUAAUGGCCUGUCAUUUGGCAAAGGUUGAGAAUCCCUGGUUGAGUCUGAGUGCGAAGAAAGAGAACUUUAAAUCUUACAUAAUUUUAAACCCUUUCGUUGCCUAGGAAGAAAAUGCUGCCUUUGAGAUAGAUAGCUCUUCAGAAGAUCCAGUUUAAACUAAGGCAACAAGGGCCCUAACUCAUAGUACCCUGCACAUAGAGCCAAGCAACGUUGGGUUCUCAUUUCUACUGACAGUUCGGUUAAUUUCUCACAGUUGGCUUCCUCACCAAAUAUAAGGGGGUAAAGAAGAUGCUCCUUAUUCAGUAAUCCUGCCAUCCAGCUGACUGGAGAAGAGAGAUUUCUUUACCUGCAUCAAUUUUCUUUGUUCUCAGUAACUGUAGAAUUUAAAUUAGUUUUAAUGAAAUGUUCCUUUUAUGAAAUUUUAGGGCAAAGCCCAAAUGUAUAGAAAAAGCCUGUAAAUAAGCUUGACAUAACCUGACAUUUCAUAGCUAAUGGCAUCUUCUUGGUCAGAUGUCUAAUAAAAAGCUUAUUAUUUUCAAAAUUA